UAAAAAAGAAGAAACAGAAAAGUAAGGAGAAGCAGCUGGUUACUGGUUAGAGGCUAACGUGCGCGCCACAGGCACCAUAUUUGCUAGCCGGCGCCAAAUAUUCGUUGCGCUUCCUUUCUUUCCAUUUUUUUAUUUUCUCACACUCCUCGCUCUUUCUUCUCUAAAACCCAAACAAACAAAUUAAAAACCCACACAAACUCUCUCAUUUUAAGACCCCUUUCUCUUCCUCUUUGUCUCUCUCUUCAUCUCCUUUUAUAUCUUACACGCACACUGCGUCUGUCUCUGUCUCUGUUUCUCAAUUCUUGAAUCUGAGCCGGUCAUGAUGGAGAGUGGUUUCUCUUCUCCUCGACACGAUGCGUUUCCUGCUGGUCUUCGUGUGCUCGUUGUCGAUGAUGAUCCUACCUGGUUGAAAAUCCUUGAAAAGAUGCUCAAAAAGUGUUCUUAUGAUGUGACGACAUGUGGUUUAGCAAGAGAUGCUCUGAACCUUCUUCGGGAGAGGAAAGAUGGUUACGACAUUGUUAUCAGUGAUGUCAACAUGCCUGACAUGGAUGGUUUUAAACUUCUAGAGCAUGUCGGACUUGAAAUGGAUCUUCCUGUGAUUAUGAUGUCUGUUGAUGGAGAAACGAGUAGAGUAAUGAAAGGAGUUCAGCAUGGAGCAUGCGACUAUCUACUUAAGCCAAUACGAAUGAAAGAACUUCGGAAUAUAUGGCAGCAUGUAUUCAGAAAGAAGAUACAUGAGGUUAGAGACAUUGAAAUUCUUGAAGGAAUGGAAAGUAUACCAAUGGGGGGUAGAAAUGGAUCAGACCAAUCCGAUGAUGGGCACUUUUUUUGUGGAGAGGAUUUUACUUCAACCAAGAAAAGAAAAGAUGUUGAAAACAAGCAUGAUGACAAAGAUCCUGGUGACAAUUCUACCACAAAGAAAGCCAGAGUAGUUUGGUCCGUAGAUCUUCAUCAGAAAUUUGUCAAAGCUGUAAAUCAGAUAGGAUUUGAUAAAGUUGGUCCUAAGAAAAUACUCGACUUGAUGAAUGUACCAUGGUUGACAAGAGAAAAUGUUGCAAGCCACUUACAGAAAUAUCGUCUCUAUUUGAGCAGAUUGCAGAAGGAAAAUGACUUGAAAACUUCUGUUGGUGGAAUAAAGCAUUCAGACUCACCUUUGAGAGAUUCUGCUGGCAGUUUUGGUACCCAGAACUCAAUCAACAUACAGCAGGGUGAUGCUCCAAAUCAGAGCUAUGGAUUUCCUGGCAAUAGCUUCCAAAAUGCUGAGCCUAGAGGCCAUGACAGUGACCUGAAUGGAAUUGUUUCCAAGAAUGCUGCAGAACCCAAAAGGGUUUUAACUGUUGAAGUUCCUGAACCCUGUAAACCCAGGAAUUCACAAUUGGAAUUUGGUCAUUCUUUUACUUCUCCAGGAUCUGAAGUGAACUUUUCAGCAUUUGAUUCAAACUUCCCAGCCCGAUUUUCAUGGUGUGAAAUUCCACAGAUUCAACUGAAGCAAGAACAUAACCCAGUUCACAUAGAUGAUGGGUUCAACCAGCUAUCUUUUCCUGGUCAACAACAGCACAUCCAACCUGAUUAUCCACAGCCAGCUCACCCCAUUGUUUCUGGUUCUUCUGUAACUGAAAGAGAGAUAGGUGGCUCUAUUAAAACAAAGCCUUUGUAUGAUGAAUGCAGGCACAACACCAGCCAUGUAAGUUCAACAGGAAGCACAAUCAACUCCACUGAUGUCCAAACCAAGACCCAUAUGGCAAAUCAUCAACAUCAAACUUUUCAACCCAUUUCCAUGAACUCAUCAACCAUGAAAAGUCAAAGCUUCAAUCUGAGUUGCGUAUCGGACUUGGAAUCUUCCCAAAAAAGUAUAAAUUGGGGAAUGCAUCCUUCUACAACUUUGGAUGAUGACUUUCAGGUCUGUUGGUUUCAAGGUGAUUGUUAUGCUAUGAAUCUUGGACUCCACAAUAUUGAGCUGCCAGAGUACUGUGAUCCAGGGCUCAUAACUGAAGUUCCAACACAUUUACAUGAUGCAGUGAGGUUUGACUAUGAGAAUCUCUAUGAUCCAACAGAAUAUGCUCUAAUAUAGCAAGGUUUAUUUAUAGCAUGAUCUUGCUCCAUCUGCCAUGGAACUUCAUCAUUUUCUAUUUAUUUUAGAUGACCUAUCUAUCAGAGGAGUCUCUUAUCUCCUAUUGAUUCAGGCAUUAUUUCCUGGACGGUCAAGUCUUGGAUGUAGAAACAUGUAUAAUAGGGAUGAUGACAAACAUUAAGCAUAAUAAGCUUGCUUCUGGAAGUUUCUCUAACAUGCGACCUUCUAGUUUUGUAUAUGUAUCUAUGGUCAAAACGCACAUGUUCGUGCUGCAACUGUCAUUAUUCCUUUGAAAUUUUGUAAACGAAAUGCAAAGCCACUAGAAGUUAAUUAUAUCA